CUGGGAUGAGGGAGAUGGGCUGAGGCGGGGUGGGGGGUUGAGGGGAGGCGAGAAGAGCUGAGGAUGGGGGAAAGAGAGAGAAAUGGGGGAGAGAGGAGGAAAGAAGUGGGGAGAGAGGCAGGGAGAAAUAAAAGGAUGGAGAGAAGUACAGAAAUGGAGGGAGAGAAGAGGGCAGAGAGAGGAGAAGAAAUAAAGGGGAGAGAUGGGGGAAGAAGGGGUGCAAUGGGGGCCUCAGGAGAGAGGGAAGGGCUGCGAUGACGGGGGGCUGGGGAGGGAGGCCCGUCUGGUGCUGGGGGGUGGGGGCUGAUGGCGGGAAGCGGGUGGGGCUGCCCGACGGCCGGCCGUGACCUCAGAGCCCCUGGCCCAGCUCAGCCCUGACGUCAGCUCCUCCUCUCGCCCCCGCCUGCGCUGCUCUUCAAAUCACCCCCCCCCCAGCUCUCGGGCCGCAGAGACUCGGGGAGAAGCGAGGAGAGGAGAGGAGAGAGGCCCGCCGGACCCACAGCAAUGAGACAGCAGGACGUCCCCAAGCCCAGCCCGGCGGCCCGCCACUGCUCCGGCCUGGCCCGGCGGGUGCUGACCAUCGCCUUCGCGCUGCUCAUCCUGGGCCUCAUAACCUGGGCCUACGCUGCCGGCGUGCCGCUGGCCUCCGACCGCUACGGCCUCCUGGCCUUCGGCCUCUACGGGGCCUUCCUCUCGGCGCACCUGGUGGCGCAGAGUCUCUUCGCGUACCUGGAGCACCGGCGGGUGGCGGCGGCGGCGCGGCGGGCGGCGGCGCGGGGCCCCCCGGAAGCGGCCACGGCGCGCAGCGUGGCGCUGACCAUCUCCGCGUACCAGGAGGAUCCGGCGUACCUGCGCCAGUGCCUGGUGUCCGCCCGCGCCCUGCUGUACCCGCGCGCGCGGCUGCGCGUCCUCAUGGUGGUGGACGGCAACCGCGCCGAGGACCUCUACAUGGUCGACAUGUUCCGCGAGGUCUUCGCCGACGAGGACCCCGCCACCUACGUGUGGGACGGCAACUACCACCAGCCCUGGGAACCCGCGGCGGCGGGCGCGGCGGGCGAGGGCGCCUACCGGGAGGUGGAGGCCGAGGAUCCCGGGCGGCUGGCGGUGGAGGCGCUGGUGAGGACGCGCAGAUGCGUGUGUGUGGCGCAGCGCUGGGGCGGCAAGCGCGAGGUCAUGUACACCGCCUUCAAGGCUCUGGGCGACUCGGUGGACUACGUGCAGGUCUGUGACUCAGACACGAGGCUGGACCCCAUGGCACUGCUGGAGCUGGUGCGGGUUCUGGACGAGGACCCGCGGGUAGGGGCUGUUGGGGGUGAUGUGCGGAUCCUUAACCCUCUGGACUCCUGGGUCAGCUUCCUGAGCAGCCUGCGGUACUGGGUGGCCUUCAACGUGGAGCGGGCUUGUCAGAGCUAUUUCCACUGUGUGUCCUGCAUCAGUGGUCCCCUGGGUCUAUAUAGGAACAACCUCCUGCAGCAGUUCCUCGAGGCCUGGUACAACCAGAAGUUCCUGGGCACCCACUGCACCUUUGGGGAUGACCGUCAUCUCACCAACCGCAUGCUCAGCAUGGGCUAUGCCACCAAGUACACGUCGCGGUCCCGCUGCUACUCGGAGACGCCGUCAUCCUUCCUGCGCUGGCUGAGCCAGCAGACGCGCUGGUCCAAGUCGUACUUCCGCGAGUGGCUGUACAACGCGCUGUGGUGGCACCGGCACCACGCGUGGAUGACCUACGAGGCGGUGGUCUCGGGCCUCUUCCCCUUCUUCGUGGCGGCCACGGUGCUGCGGCUCUUCUACGCCGGCCGCCCGUGGGCGCUGCUCUGGGUGCUGCUGUGCGUGCAGGGCGUGGCGCUGGCCAAGGCGGCCUUCGCCGCCUGGCUGCGGGGUUGCGCGCGGAUGCUGCUGCUCUCGCUCUAUGCGCCCCUCUACAUGGGCGGCCUCCUGCCCGCCAAGUUCCUGGCGCUGGCCACCAUGAACCAGAGCGGCUGGGGCACGUCGGGCCGCCGCCAGCUGGCCGCCAACUACGUCCCGCUGCUGCCGCUGGCCCUCUGGGCGCUGCUGCUGCUCGGGGGCCUGGUCCGCAGCGUGGCGCACGAGGCCCGCGCCGAGUGGAGCGGCCCGUCCCGCGCGGCCGAGGCCCGCCACCUGGCCGCGGGGGCCGGCGCCUACGUGGGCUACUGGGUGGUCAUGCUGACCUUCUACUGGGUGGGCGUGCGGCGGCUCUGCCGGCGGCGGGCGGGGGGCUACCGCGUCCAAGUGUGAGGCCGGGCCGGCGGGGUGCCCGCUCGGGGAGGGGGGGGCCUCAAGGGGCGGGGAGAGCCCUGCCUCGGGGGUGUCCCUCCCCACCCGCGGAGCCACGAACGUGCGGGGUGAUCCUCUGUGAAGCGAAGGGGUCGACUCAAGACUCUUCAGCCUGGACUCUUGGGGCGGGGGUCUGGGACUUUGGGGUCUCUUGGGGACGGGUAUUUAUUGAUCAGGGUACAUGUGGAUGCUUAAGGGCAGGGAGAAAGGGGUCCCCAUGCUGUCCUGGGACUCCUGAUUUCUCUCCGUUCUUAUUUAAUCUCCAUUUGUACUGUGUGAUUAGGAUCAUAAUAAAGAAUUUUAUUUAUUUUCU